AUGAGCCACCUUAUCGGAAGACGAGCUCGUCUCGUGCUUGGCCCUCGAAUCACGUCCAAUAUCUCGUCUCCUAUUAUUUCACCUAUUCAACUUCUACCUGGGACAAGAUAUCAUACACAAGACGCCACCCAAAAGUCAUCAUGGACGCACCCAGUAUACACCCAAGAACAAAUCCAAUCCGUCCAAAUCGCACACAAAAACGCAACGAACCUCCCCGACAAACUCGCCCUAGGCACAGUCCGCUUCCUCCGCUGGGGCAUGGACUUCGUCACAGGCUACCGCUCAAGCACAGCAUUAACGAAUAACACCAUGACAGAGCAGAAGUGGAUAACCCGGUUUAUAUUCCUAGAGAGCGUCGCCGGCGUGCCGGGUAUGGUAGCCGGGAUGUUACGCCAUCUGAAGAGUAUCAGGCGGAUGAAGAGAGAUCAUGGGUGGAUAGAAACCCUCCUCGAAGAAGCCUACAACGAACGAAUGCACCUCCUCACCUUCCUAAAACUCAGCUCGCCCGGCCGGCCAAUGCGCCUUAUGGUCCUGGGCUCGCAAUGCGUCUUCUUCACGGGGUUCUCCAUCGCAUACCUCCUCUCCCCGCGCAUCUGCCACCGUUUCGUCGGGUACCUGGAAGAGGAAGCAGUGAUUACAUAUACAAAAGCCAUCACCGAUCUCGACAGCGGUCUGCUGCCGAAAUGGGAGGAGACCAAGAUACCUGAUAUGGCUGUGAAGUACUGGCAGAUGCCAGAGGGGAAGCGGGAUAUGAGAUCGCUGCUGCUGUAUGUGCGUGCUGAUGAGGCGAAGCAUCGCGAUGUGAAUCAUACCUUAGGUAGUCUGGACCAGGACCGAGACUGUAAUCCGUUUUCGGCGAAGUUUAGGACGCAGGCGGGGAAGGCAAAGGAGGUUUUGGGGGAGAAUAUGCGUGGGUUUGAGUUGGGGGCGCGGAAGGAGAGGGUUUAG